GUAAUAUUAUCGACGUAUUGAAAAAAUACUAAAAAAGUACAUUAAGUUGUUAGACGCUUCUUUUAGCAGAUAAUAACACUUCGGGUAAAGUCAUAGUUGACCAUCUGGACUGGCGUCUGUUUGCGGCUCACACAUGUUCACCUUUUCAUUUUUCUUGUACCUGAAUGACUGCUGACAAUCAUGAAAGUGAACAAACACGCAGAGGUAAAACAUAAAUCUCACAAAUGGAAAGAUGCGAAGGGAAAACGGUGCAGACCUCCUGUCAGUUCCUCUAAUGUAAACUCUAGCCCUGUGGUGAUCAGCAUGGUGAAGGACCACCAGGAGUCUGUAAGGAAAAAACCAUCUGUAAAGAGGCUGAAAAAUAAAGUGAAGUCUGUCUCUAACCACAAGAAUGGCUCUUCUGAGUCUGGAAUUAAGAAGACACAUGCUCAGGCUAAUGGAAGCUCAGUGUUUACCAUAGACAAUGACUCAAAUGACUCACAGGACUGGAAGGAGUAUUCCCAGUCAGUGCAUGGGAACGGUAUGGAGACCUCAGAUAACACUGAGGAUGUCCGGAGAGGUAGAUUGGAGGGAGAGGCUCUGCAUCACUGUGCGCAGAGAGACGAUCGACAGAACCGCACAGUACUUGUCAUGCAGAAGGAUCAGACGCUGUGUUUCCGCGGGAAGUGCCUUCUGACCUGUCUUUAUGGUCGUGUAGAAGUUAUGGGAUUUACCAUCGAAGAGGGUCAGCAGUCAUAUUCGCUUUUCUCCCCAGCGUCACAUUGUCCACUGAGUAUUAGAGGAUUAGAAAGCAUCAGAGCGUUGGAAAGUAGAAACGAGGCAUCACACAUCCUCCAAAAGUAUCUUCCACAAGCAUCACGAAAGAAGCUGUUAAAAAGCAUAACAACAAAUUCGUCCAUCAUCCUGCUGGAACCCAUCGAGACGCCUAUGACACGGUUUCUUUCCAGCUUUCCAGAUCUCAGCGAAUUGUUCAACCUCCCCAUGACUGAAAUCAUGUCAGCUGUUCUUGACACUCCACUCAAUGGUUUGGGUAUGAUUCCUCUCGACAGCAACAUUGAAGGGCUGAAAAUGUCGAAGAGCUACAGACAUGCUCUUAACACAGUAGUCAGUGUGUGCAAAGGAGACAUAGAUGGCUGUCCUGUUAUCCUGGUGUGCGGGACCAAGAAUGUUGGAAAGUCAACAUUUAUCCGCGUGCUCAUUAACACCUUGCUGAAUUACACUGCUAGUGUCGAAUAUUUGGAAGGUGACCUCGGUCAAACAGAAUUCACCCCUGCUGGUUGCCUGUCUCUCCUCACUGUCAGAGAACCCCUUUUAGGUCCUCCUUUCACACAUCAGCAGACUCCAGACCACAUGAUCUACUACGGUCAGUCAUCGUGCGACUCAGACCUGGAUCGAUAUAUGGAAUCUCUUAAAUCCUUAUGGUGCAGAAGAUCCCAGACCAGAGAGGCUCCGAUUAUUAUCAACACCAUGGGCUGGGUCAAAGGAUUUGGAUUCCAGCUGCUGGUUGACAUGAUCCGCUUCUUCCCAGUUUCCCAUGUUGUCCAGCUCAGUCACAGUGGUAUCCUUCAGUGCCCCGCCCUCACUCCAGACUUUCUGAGGACAGCAAAUGGCUUUCAGACUCACCCACCCGCUCAGACCGCUCUGGAUGAGUUUACAGAAAGCCACAGCCCCCCAAGGAUCUACAGUCACAUAGGUGUACAAGCAGAGUUUCAAGGAGUUGGGAGUCAAGGAACAGCGAAACACCAGCGUAGCAAUGAGCAGAGGGAUCUAUCUCUCCUGGCCUAUCUGAGUCAGCUGCAGUCUCCGGACCCUGGACCAGUCAGACCUCUGCACAGCCUCACACCAUACCAGGUUCCACACACAGCGGUUGUGUUAGGUGUGACCCACUGCGACGUGGUGCCCUCGCACACCUUUCAUGCUACCACUGGUAGUCUAGUAGGACUCUGCUGCCUGGCAGAGAAAGUGUCAAGCAAGGGAGGUCCAGUCUUUCUUUCCCAGGCACCCAUCUGCCCAUGUGUGGGAUUUGGGGUCCUCCGAGCUAUUGACAUGGCACGGGGUCUGUACUUCCUGCUGACGCCUAUAGAGCCGUCAGUUCUGCGCAAAGUCAACUGUCUCCUCUUAGGAGCAAUUUCAAUGCCUCCAUGUAUCCUCACAACACAGCCGGGCAUUGACGUGGAGAUGCCCUAUAUAACUACAAAGUACAGUUUUGAUCUCACUGGAGCAGGAAAGCUGCGAGUCUUCAAGGGAAUGACAAGGCCCAGUCAAGUGGGCAUGCAGUGACAUUUCUGCAGCAUGUUAUUGCCCUUUACAUUUCAUCAGUCAGCGCUGGCCUUUGAAUGUACAGAACUGAGGUUGAGGUGGGACACUUCAUACUCUGACCUUACUGGAGUUCUUUUUUGAGAGCCCUCGCCAUAUCUUGGAACCUGAAACUGUAUGUUUGUUUGAUGCUGUGAAGGCGCUUAGGUGUUUUCUCUCACAUGGACAGUAAAAUAACACAACACAUUAUAGUCAAAGCUUUUGAUUGAUGGUUCUUUUUCUUCUUUUUUCGUUUUUUGUAGAUGACAUUCCAAAUCUUAAAUGCCUGCCAGAUAAUAAACGUGAAGCAGGUUCGUUUCCAGACUAUGUGGUUCUUACCUUCACCAGCUAUUUAGAGCAUCGUGAAUGGUGGUUGUUACAGCUGCUUUGAUAUUUAAAUAUCAUAAUCAUAUAUCCAUGUAGAGUUCAAACGGUUUAAUAGCAAUUUAAUUUAUCACUGUGUGCAGUAUUUUUGCCUGAUCCAGACAAGUAGCUUUUCAUGUUGGCGGCUGUUUUGUUAUAAAGUAUCCACUUCCCGCGCUUUCCGUGUUGUUUUCCCUUCCAUCCAACAAAAAAAUAAAGAAGAGGACAGGAUGCAGUUAUGAAGAUGUCUUUCACAUGAGCUCAGUUGAAUUUGCAAAGAAAACCCAACAAGGACAAUGCCCGUGUUGUGUUUGUACACCAAUCAAAGCCUUUACUGAAGUGUCUCCAUUUUUAUUGCCCUCUUUUGCAUUUGUUACUUAAGGCCAUUCAAGAGGUUUUGUUUACAGUUCCUUAUGUUGACCUAUGUGGGAUGAAAAUAAAGAGCUUGUUUCUA